CCACCGGGUUAGGGUUUUGCAGAGUGACCCAUGUUGUUUUCUUCACAAUCACAAUUCAUAGUUGAGUCACACCUCACUCAAUGAAUUGGGGCUCCAUGUGAUGCCAUUUCUCGACGAGCACAACAAUUUUUCGACUAAUACUCCAAAAUAUCGUCCCACACGGUGGACUAUUUUGCUUCGUCAUGUUUUUCUCGCUUCUCUUCUAGACUUAAUCCGUUUCGCGAACUUGGAUCGCUGAUUCGAUGGGUGUCCAUGAUCUCGCUAGCACAGUGGGGUUCUGGAAGCUUCCACUACAAGGAAGCACUGUUCUACCUUUGGCCAAAUCGUGGUUGUUGCGCAUUUCAGAGUUUCAGAGAUGACGGCUUCGAAUUCGAACCAUGAAUUCAAUAACCCUUUUAGCUCCAAGGAUGGUCCACAAGUUUUCCCAUUGUUUGGUUAUUUCGCGGAAAUUAUGUAACCAUCCGUUUGAUGGUGAUCGGUUUGAAUGUGUUGAGGAGCCUUUAAAAGAACUAGGUUCUGAUCAUGAUUCCACUGUGGAUGAAAGGAUCCAUUUGAAUGAGGAUUGGAGCUGUAACCCAAAGCAGUUUUCACUUAGAAAAGGGUUCUUAGAAACUGUUAGGUUAGAUGCUAAGAGGGUCCUUGGGGUUCUUCGGCAAGACAGUCCUGGCCUUGAUGCCAGGUUGGUUUUAGAUGAGUUGCAUAUAAGGCCAUCAGGGCUUCUUGUGAGAGAGGUUCUCUUUGGAAUUUUGAAGAAAAUAGGUUGUGAAAAUAAGACUAGGUGUGCAAAGCUGGCAUACAAGUUUUUUGUGUGGUGUAGUCAGCGAGAGGGUUACCGCCACACUGCGAAUGCCUUUCACAUAGUUAUGAACAUAUAUGCUGAGUGUGAGGAGUUUAAGGCAAUGUGGAGGUUGGUUGAUGAGAUGAUUGAGAAAGGGAUUCCUGUCACUGCUCGUACUUUCAAUAUUUUGAUUCGUACUUGUGGUGAGGCAGGCUUGGCUAAGAAAUUGGUGGAGAGGUUCAUAAAAUCGAAGACCUUCAACUAUAGGCCUUUUAAGCACACCUAUAAUGCUAUUCUGCAUGGUCUUCUUGUUUUAAACCAGUACAAGUUGAUUGAAUGGGUUUAUCAACAGAUGUCGCUUGAUGGCUUUUCUUGUGAUAUUUUAACUUAUAAUAUUGUUAUGUAUGCCAAGUAUAGACUUGGAAAGUUGGAUCAGUUCCACAGACUGCUUGAUGAGAUGGGUAGAAAUGGAUUUUCUCCAGAUUUUCAUACCUUCAAUAUUCUUCUUCAUGUUCUUGGCAGAGGGGACAAACCGCUUGCAGCUCUUAAUCUUUUAAAUCACAUGAGAGAAAUGGGUAUAGAGCCAACUGUGCUUCAUUUCACCACAUUGAUAGAUGGACUCAGUAGAGCUGGAAAUCUGGAUGCGUGCAAAUAUUUUUUUGAUGAAAUGAUAAAGAAUGGAUGUAUACCAGAUGUGGUGGCUUACACUGUAAUGAUAACAGGAUAUGUAGUGGCCGGUGAGCUUGAGAAAGCACUGGCAAUGUAUCACGAGAUGAUUUCCAGAGAGCAAAUUCCAAAUGUUUUUACAUACAAUUCCAUAAUACGGGGAUUAUGUAUGGCAGGAAAAUUUGAUGAAGCGUGCUCAAUGCUCAAGGAAAUGGAGACCAAAGGUUGUAGUCCAAACUCUGUUGUCUAUGAUACAUUGGUGAGUAGUUUGCGUAAUGCUGGAAAGAGUGCUAAUGCUCAUGAAGUGAUAAGACAGAUGACAGAGAAGGGGAAGUAUGCCCACAUACUUUCAAGAUUCAAAGGGUAUAAGACAUAGUCGUAAGUUAAAUUUUCAUAUUGGAAAUGUUAACUCACGAGGCAUCAACUUUUGAUCUGGUGAACUGAGAGUCUCGGACCAAUUUCCUGCUGCUUGUUCAGCUGAUUAAAAGCUGGAGUAUUAAAGUAUGUGGUCCACCCUCCCCCUUCCCCUGAUAUAUAUUCCUUUUUUUUCCCCUUAUUUCUACACUCAGUAACUGACAUGUAAAUCUGUAUGCCCAUAUUUUUCAUUAUAUAUGAUCAAUAUUUCUUGUCCUUUUAUUUUAGGCUAUGCUUCUUUUAAUUCCUAUGUGCCUUCAUCUGUCAAAGAGCUUAUUUUAUCAAGACUAAGGUGCGUAAAUUGACUUUAUUUCUUGACCAUGUAAACAUUAUGUACUUUUGGUGGUAACUAUUGCCAUUUGGGCGUAAGCAAAUUAAACUAUAACUGGAGUUAUGUGAAUUAAUUUUUUGGCUUGUGCUAUAACUAUUUAUCUUAUAAGUGUAUCUAGGAUUUAUAACCUGGAUGAUUGACAAUCAAUUAAUUAACUUGGUACACUAGUUGUUUUUCAGCUUUUCGAACUAAUAGAUGAACCCCAGUUGCUCUGAAAAAAAGAAAGUAGUAGUGCAUUAGAUUUUAAAUCCAUCUUCCUGAUAGUUUGAAUUCACUGCCCAUAAAGUCGGUGGCAUUCUGUUGAGCUUAGAGUGUUGUUUAUAUAGUUUUUAGUGUGACCUUUGUUCUCAUCCCCAUCUUUUGAUAAUUGAAGUGAAAUUGAUGUCUUGCAUUCAUGAUUUUGAGAUUAAAUUUAUAAUUAAAAUCUCCUUUUAAUUUUUAAGUUGAAAGACAGUACCCUGGUUCAUUGGUGCAUUUCCACAAAUCCUGAGAAAGUAAUAGCAGCUUAAAAUAUUGCCAAGAGCCAAAGAUGUGGUAAUUUAUCAUGUUGCUUUCCGCAUACAUUCCUAAGUUGGUUGCUUUUCUGUGGCUUCAGAGACUGCCAUUGGUCUGCUGCCCCUUUCCAGAUGAAGGUUGAAAAGCAUAUUCCCUUUUACUGUCAGAGUGGGGGCUCCAAGUUCAAACAAUUAGGAUGCUAUGCAAUAUGCGGUAUUCACCUUGUAUGAGAUUGUUUUUGGCAGAUGCGUAGGCUGUGUUGGGCGCAUCGAAGUUUAUUGUAAAUGACAACUCUUCUUGGCCUAAAAAAUACCAUCAGAUAUAACCAAAUAGCAUUGAAGAUGAAUUACACAUUUGAUUCUCUUUUCGAAUGCCACUUUCUCAUGUGGUAAUUCAUGCUGCUUUCAUUUUUUACAACUAAUGUUGUGCAUCGAUUUCCAUCUUAUUUGUCUUUACAAAAUAAUCUUAGGUAGGAACCACAAAUACCUGAUUCAAUUUUUUUUUUUUAAGGUUUCCACCUCUUUAAUUUCGUGUACGCAGAUUUUUUAACUCAAACCCCUAAGGCUCUUUUUUCAUAUUUUGUUUUUCCUUUGUAACAAUUAUUUGGUUUGCUUUUGAAACUGCUCUCAUAAAAAUUAUAAUUUUGUUCUUGCAAUUAACGUUAUGCAGGACAGUUCAGCCCCAUAAGGGUUUAGGUACUUCAAUUUCUGCUCAUGUGAUUGGCAACUAAGAAUCCUGAGUGCAGUUUGUACACAUUCAUCAUCCAAGUCCAGGGGCUCGUGUAUCUUCCUGUAAUGAACAUGUGAUUGGUUUUAUACGUGUACUUUUAUAAUUGAUUGAAAUGGUUUUAUACCUACACGUACAAUCAAAUUACAAUAGCCUAAUAGGGCAAUUGAUC